UAAGUUAUUUUGUGAAAUUUAGUAAUAUAUUGGAACUCGAAGUUUUGUAAACUAGUAAAACAGGUUUACAAUUAUAUGACGUCAUUCAAGUGGGAAUCGCACGCGCUCUCGUCAUUGGCUAAAGUGUAUCGUAUGUAGAGAUUUUAGUAGAAAAUGUACGCUGAAAAAGGUAUGACCAGAUCAUGCUAUGGAAUGCAGGAAUAUAGUCCUGAGGAAAUUAAAGAACAGUGGAGGGAGUGUAUUAAAAAAGAAUUCUCUUUGGCGAAAAAUGCUUGCAGCGAAAUUUAUGUUCCAGUGGAUCGAUCAAACGCUCUCAAUUUUUCCAACAAUUUAACAUACUUCAACCGCAAGAAAAAGAACAAUAACAAAUCAACAUACGAUAGAAUGUUCCACAUUGAGCACGGUUACUGCAGUAGGAUACACAGGGAUGACAGGGAACACACGGGUCUUGAUGUGCAAGCAGAGGAAGAAGAAAGAGCCGUUCCUUUACUUUCAUCUUCUAUGUAUGGAAACCGGCCACCACUGGAGGUACAAUCACGUCAGCAUGUCCGCGUAGGACUGGUAAAGAGAGAUUUUAUCGCCAUUGUGGAGCAACAGUACAUCAGGAUGAAGGUGCCAUUAAGGUUCAGGCAAAAAAAUAAUAAACAAUAAUAAAAAGUUAUUAAUGCAAUAAAACAUUUCUUCGUGUAUUCCAUAGCUAUUUUAUUUAUGUGCUCAAAAAAGCAAAGUACACCGAUUUAUAAUUUA